AUGUUGCUCCAGGCUGUUGUGUGUGUGUUGUGCCUGUUUGCUGGCACUCAGGGACAGGGUGGCGCCACCUUCUGGAGAGGCAAUGACCGCAGCGGGCGAUGCCAGUAUAGUUUCACUGUAGACAGUCCCACAGAGGCCAGCUGUGCCACAGUGGGUGGAGGGCCAGAGGUGGAGACCCUGAGGUCUCGCCUGACGGUGUUGGAGGCACUGGUGAGCCGUCUGGUGGGAGGGGAGACCGGGUCGAGAUCUGGACCUGCACCCCCGCCCGGUCUCCAGAACGCCUACAGAGAGGUGAUGGGAGAGAAGGCCCAGCUGCAGAGAGAAAAGGACCGACUGGAGCGGCAGGUCCAGGAGCUCCAGCAGAGGAUGGAGGACCUCCGUCAGGAGGCUGAGAGACUGAGGAGCAGACCCUGCGCGCAGCCAGCCCGACCCGGCAGUCCCCAGCAGAACAGCAGCCUCCAGCCAGCAUCUGGUGAGUCUGCACCGAUCCGGUCCGGCAGUCCGGACCCGCCCCGUGAGGACAGAAGCUCCAUCUCAGACCCUGCCUGGCAUUAUGGCAGCCCAGGGUACCAGGAGCUGAAGGCUGAGGUGACAGAAGUACCCGCUCCAGAGGAAACAACAGGCUGUGGUGAGUUGGUGGUUGUAGGUGACCCAGUGACCCACCGUAAGGCAGACUCCAUCUCUGGUAAAUACGGCGUGUGGAUGCAGGAUCCUGAGCCCAUGGCUCCUUAUGCUCCCGACACGGUGUGGCGUAUCGACACUGUCGGAGCAGACAUCCGGCAGAUCUUUGGCUACGAGGACCUGGACCAGCUCUCCCGUGGUUUCCCCACCAAAGUCCUGCUCUUGCCGGAGGCCGUGGAGAGCACCGGGGCUGUGCUGUAUCGUGGUUCUCUUUACUACCAGCGCCGGCGCAGCCGAACCCUCCUCCGUUACGACCUGGCCUCCGAGAGCAUCGCCGCCCGCAGGGACCUGCCCCACGCUGGGUUCCACGGGCAGUUCCCCUACUCGUGGGGCGGCUAUACCGACAUCGACCUGGCCGUGGAUGAGCAGGGGCUCUGGGCCAUUUAUAGCACCAACAAGGCGAAGGGCGCCAUCGUGGUCUCACAGCUCAACCCCCACAGCCUGGAGGUGGAGAGGAGCUGGGAGACCAACAUCCGCAAGACGUCGGUGGCCAACGCAUUCAUGAUUUGUGGCCAACUGUACACAGUGGCCAGUUACACAGCCCUGAACACCACAAUCAACUACACAUAUGACACAGCCACUGGGCGAGGAAAGGAAAUCUCUGUGCCGUUCAGAAACCGCUACCGUUACAACAGCAUGAUUGAUUACAACCCAGUAAACAGGCAGCUGUUUGCUUGGGAUAAUUAUCACAUGGUGUCUUACACUGUGAAGCUGGGCAGGAUGCAGACACCAUGA